CCCGUAUACACCUGAUAGCCUCUCUGUACGGAACGCUUCCCGCCUUUUCCCCCAUUCCUCACCCACUCCGCCUCCGCCUCCGCCUCCGCCUCCACCUCCUCGCCAAACCCCACCCUUCUAGAACAUUCCAUCCCAUCCGAGCCCAGGAUGCGGAAGAUCCCCGUCUCCAUGGUCACGCCCCGGCAGCGGGUGAGGGUCGGGAACCGCACGCUCUCCAAGGACGAAUGGUCGGCCGUGCAGACGCUCAACGACGCGACCGACGGCGACAUCCCCGCCGUGAGGAAGCUCGUGAGACAGCUGAGGAAGUCGGGGAAAGGCGUGGAAGAGACGCUGGCGGCGAUCAAGCACCCGCAUUUCCGCGGCCGCGGGCCGCUCCACAUGGCGGCGUGGGCCGGCAGGCUGGAGAUGUGCAUGUUCCUGGUCGAGGAACUCUGCCUCAACGUCAACGCGCCUGGCGACGACGGUGCAACGCCUCUAUCAUACGCAAUAUUUGGUUGUGGAUCUACAUCUGUUGUAAGGUUUCUUCUUGACCGUGGUGCUAAGCCAAACAAAGCUAAUAUAAAUGGGGUUACUGCACUGCAUUAUGCUGCAAUCCCAGGACCAAAUGCUGACCCAGAGAGAGACAGGUUAUGGGCCUCUAACACCCGAGAUACCUGUGAAAUAGCAGAGUUAUUAUUGUCCAGGGGAGCUUAUGUUGACCCUAUAUGCGCACAAGGAACACCACUAAACGUUGCUGCCCAAAAUGGAAAUGUGAGAAUGUUGGAAUUGUUGUUGAGGCAUCAGGCAAAUCCUAACACAGUUGUGCAUUUAGUCUAUACACCACUUUCAUAUGCUAUCUCCGCUUCUUCACUGAAAUGCAUGGAACUACUUAUUAAGGCUGGUGCUGAUGUCAAUGCUGGUAGGCCUGUAAUAACACCAUUAAUAAUAGCUGCAUCCUAUGGCUUCACUUGUGGCAUCAAGUGUUUGCUGGAAGCUGGUGCUGAUGCAAAUAUUCGUGAUGAAUUUGGUAGAACAGCAGCACAAAUUGCUGCAACCAAUGGAUGGAUGGACUGCGUUGAGAUUCUUUCCCCUCUCACAGCCUCUGCAGGCACUGAUGAUCCUCUGGAUGCAAAUGAUGGAUUUGCUUUGAAAGUUCAAGGGGAUGCUGCACUUAAGGGAAAUGAUUAUGCUGAUGCGUUGGCUCUCUAUACCAAGGCAAUGGAGAUUAACCCUGAUGAUUCAACCUUGUACGCAAAGAGGAGCCUUUGCUGGCUGCAUAUGAGUGAAGAAGACAAAGCUUUGGAUGAUGCCUAUGCCUACAGAGCUAUGAAGAUCGAUCUAUCAAAUUCCUGCUAUGAGCAAGCAGCAGCUCUGAUACUGGUUAAGGAGUAUGCCCGAGCAUGUAGAGUACUCAUGCGAGCAUUGAAAUUGAACUUGAGAAGCGACGAUCUUGAUUGAAACUGGUCUUCAGAAGCAAAUUAAGCGAUGACGCAGGCGUUGAAAGAACUUGCGUAACCUCUUUUCUUCACUUUAGUGUCCUUGUUUUCCCAGUGUAAUCUUAGUUGUAACAGUAGUCUAAAACUCGCAGGUGCUACUGCAUCUGCUGUGGGGGCUGCAUUUUCUUUGGAGCUUGCCCAUGUUUUGCGGCCUGAGUUGUACUAUCUACUAGUACUAACAUAGAUAACUAGACACGUAGCUAGAGAUGUAUCUAUCGCCUAACAAUAGAUAAUGCGUGAUUUCUCCUGUUAUGAACAGAAAAAUGUUCAAACUCUCAA